AUGGCUCUGAAUCAACUCCCUGUCGCCGGCAAGCUUUUCGAGGUUCAGGACGGCACCAAAUAUGCUUACGUACAUAUCCCUAGUGCGGUAUCGAAGCCAACCUUCUUGCUCCUUCACGGCUUCCCUAGCUCCAGUUAUGACUGGCGUUUCCAGAUCAAGACGCUGGCGGAUCUUGGCUACGGUGUUAUUGUACCAGAUUUGCUUGGUUAUGGCGAUACUGAUAAGCCCGCCGAGCUCGAGAGGUAUAAGUUCAAGAAAAUGGCGUCAGACAUUGUACAGAUUCUGGACAAAGAGUCUAUAGGGACGGUAAUUGGUGUCAGCCAUGAUUGGGGCUCGGGGCUUUUAUCCCGCCUGGUGAAUUACCACCCCGAUAGAUUUUCGGCUCUUGUUUUCACAUCUGUUCCUUAUAUGGAACCUGGACCAUUUGACUUGGAUGGUCUGAAUGCCAUGACAGAGGCGGCCUUUGGCUAUCCUACUUUUGGGUACCAGUACUUUUUCAAUGAAGAUGAUGCUGCCGAGAUUUGCAACCGUAACAACGAAUCUCUAACAUCACUGGCCUAUCCCACCAAUCCUGAAAUCUGGAGAACUCAUAUGGGGCCCAUUGGGGCUGCCAAGGCCUGGGUAACGGCCAACACUAUCAAGCCACUACCUGCAUGGCUUUCUGAGUCCGAAGCGGCUGUUCAUAAUCAAAUCUUUAGCAAAGGAGGCUACACAGGUCCACUCAAUUGGUAUAAAGCCGCUAUACGCGGCCUCAACGCGGAAGACGACGCCGAGAUUCCUGAAGAACGGAAGUUCGUUAACGCUCGGACUCUGGUUGUCGUCUCGGACCAGGACUACGUUACCCGAGCAGAAGUAGCUGAACAGCUCUCUGCAGUUCGUCUGCGGGAUUUUAGCAUCAAAAAGGUCGUAGGGUGUGGUCACUGGAUUCCAGUGGAGAAAAAGGAUGAGUUCUCCGAGAUCCUAGUUCAGUUCGCAGAAGGGGCUGGAGGCGCAUGA